UCUAGUUCGGUGGCAGUUGCUUUGGUUGUUUGUUGCACGCGCUGGUGUGCUCGUGGGGUUUUCCGUGGCUUGUUGCAGCAAUGAGGUGGCUUCUACUCUUCCUAGAAUGGUUUGUGGAUUGGGCACGUGGGACAUACUGGUAUCUAGUAGGUAAAAGAAGUUCCCUAUGCAAGCCUAUUCAAAACUCUCCAGGGUUUCAAGAAGUUAGCCGAACAGCAAAGGAUGGUGUGUUGAAACAAGAAUUUAGCCGGGAUGCCGUACCAGCGAACCUUGACGUCAUUGUCGUUGGUAGUGGACUAGGUGGAUUGACCGCUGCGGCUCUGUUGGCCAAGCUUGGAAAACGGGUUUUGGUUUUGGAUCAGAUGGAUCAGGCUGGAGGGCUGUGCCAGUCUUUUAAUGAAAAGGGCUUUGAUUUUGAUAUGGGUUUUCACAACCUGGGUCAGGUUCAUGAGAACAGCCUUCUAAAAGUCACACUGGACCAAAUCACCGAUGGCCGGCUGAAGUUUGUCGAACUUGAACCUCAUGUGGAUACAGUUGUCAUUGGAAGAGGGCAAGAGUCCAAGAAGUACACCAUUUAUUCCGGCAAACGAAAUAUGGAGGCUCAUCUAAAAAAGCAGUUUCCUAACGAUGCUGUUGCAGUUGAGAAGCUUUUCAAAAUUAUGAAGAUUUGCACGAAGAAGAUCCAUAUGUUGUGCAUGCUGAAGCUAAUCCCGCUAUGGUUUGCUCGGUUAAUUCUGUGUACUGGACUCGUUGACUGGAUCUCUCCCAUCUUCAAGUACUCUCGAUCCAGCACUGCAGAUGUGCUCCGUUCCCUGACCAGUAACAAAGAUCUCCAAACUGUAUUCUGCCACUUCUUCUCCGGUCCUUCACCUAAGAACACCAGCUGUAUGAUCAAUGCGGUUCUCUUUCAUCAUUACAAGCGUGGUGCUUUUUAUCCUCGAGGAGGUGUCUGUGAAAUCCCUUACCACAUCAUUGGGCUGAUUCAGAGGCAUGGUGGUAAAGUGAUGGUUCGAGCACCCGUCUCGCAAAUACUUGUAAAGAAUGGCUCUGCUUGUGGUGUGACCGUUAACAGCGGUGGUGUGGAGGUUGCUGUUCACGCUCCGGUCAUAAUCUCAAAUGCUGGCGUUUUUAAUACGUUCCAAAAGCUGCUUCCUCCAGAGAGCCAGGCCCAGCCAGCAAUAAUGGAGCGUCUACAGAUCCUAAAGCUGGGCAAAGCCUUUUUCCAGGUGUUUGUAGGCUUCAAUGGUGCACAGGAAGAGUUUGAGGUUACCUCCACCAACUAUCGGUUCUUCAAGAACGAUGACAUUGAUGCCAUGGCUGAUGAGUACUUUGCCUCAUCCCAAGAGAGGGCCCCUGAUAGGAUCCCAAUGAUGUAUGUCUCCUUCCCUUCUGCUAAAGACCCCAGUUCAAAGGAUCGUUUUCCAGGUCAGACAUGCAUGGUCAUUCACUCCAUUGUGAAAUAUGAGUGGUUCGAGCAGUGGAAGGACCUUCCUGCAUCUGAACUCAAGGCAUAUGAAGACUACAAGAUGAGAUUUGCCAACACUCUCUUCGACUGGGCCUGUGAACACUUCCCCAAGUUGAAGGACAAGGUGGCAGUGAUUCAUGCUGUCAGUCCUUUAAACAUGCAUGGACUGAGAGCCCCGCGUGGAGCCAUGCUGUCUGCGGCUCACGAUUUGGAGAGAGAUCAACCUGUGAACAUUGCUAAGAACAGGAGCUCUACACCUGUCAAAAAUCUCUACCUGACAGGACAAGAUGUGGUCUCCUGCGGUUAUGCCGGAGCUGUUCAUGGAGGAAUUAUCUGCGCUUCUACUGUUGUUGAUCAUGCUCUUUACAUCGACCUUAUGCUCCACAAAAGAAAGCUGAAAGAGAAAGUUUCCAAAAAGCUCGAUUGAAUGUUUGUUGCCCUCUAUUGAGGGGAAAUGGUGUAGUUUCCAUUUCAAGCAAAUAAAAUUAUC